AUGUCCCAAACAAUCAUUCGGAUAAAUUCGGUUAUUCUGGCAAUGGUCGAUCACAGAAUAAUUAACCUAACCUAAUACCAUAGACAAAUAAAAUUCUCUCAUUUCUCUAUGCCUAGUUAUUAUUGUUGUGUGGUUUUGAGAGUGAAAAGUCCUACUUAUAAUUUAUGUUUAAAACUAAUUCACGAAGGACCCUACGGAGUAGUUAGUUUUAUUUCACACUUUAUUUUUAUGGAAUUAUACUAAUUUCAAAUUUCUUAAUGAAAUACACAUUCAUCCUAAUUUUGAAUGCUCUGAGAUUCCGAAAGCUAUUUUCUCAUUCCUUCACAUGUCCAUUCCGUAGUAGUUAUUCAAACUUUUCGAAUUAUUAUUGUAGCAAUUCUUGAAAAGAACGUAUAUAGAAGGAGUGGUAUUAUAUGUAUCCAUAUCCAUCCAAAAUGGAAGUGGAGGCAAAUGAAAUUGAUGAAAAGAAAGACUGUUCAGAGUUUGAAGAUGAUUUCAAGACUCAUCCAGAAAAAAUGGAAGAUGUAGAUAUUUCUAAACAAUUUAUAGAUGAGAAUGGAAUUCAGACUCGUCUAGGUAAAAUGGAAGAUGUUGAUAUUUCCGAACAUUACAUAGAUGAAAAUGGAGUUCAUGACGGAUUAGACCUGAAAAAUAUCAAUGUAAACGAUUUGAGGUAUCCAUCCGAACAUAUUGGUUUCCAUGAUAAUCCUUCAAAAACGAAAGAAUCAUCCAAAAUUCAUGAAGAAUUUCUUAAUUCGAGAAUGAAGAUACAUAGGUGUAACCUAUGUGAUUAUACUACAAAUCUGGAAAAGAAUCUCGAACAACAUAUAAAUUCUAUACAUCCAAAUCUGAAGAAACAUAAGUGUCACCUGUGUGAUUAUGCUACAAAUCGCAAAGAUAGUCUCAAAUCACAUAUAGAUGCUGUUCAUUUGAAUUUGAAGGAACAUAAAUGUCACCUGUGUGAUUAUGCUGCAAAUCUGAAACAGCAUCUUAAUGGACACAUUAAUUCUGUUCAUUUGAAAUUAAAGAAACAUAAGUGUCACUUUUGUGAUUUUGCUGCAACUGAGAAAAAGAAUCUUGAGCAGCACAUAAAUUCUAUUCAUUUAAAUUUGAAGAAACAUAAAUGUCACCUGUGUGAUUUUGCUACAAAUCGAAUAUACUCUCUCAAAAGCCACAUAAAGUCUGUUCAUUUGAAAUUGAAGGAACAUAAGUGUCACCUGUGUGAUUAUGCUACAAAUCAUAAAGGGCAUCUGAAUGAACACAUGAAUACCAUUCAUUUAAAUUUGAGGGAACAUAAGUGUCACCUGUGUGAUUAUGCAACAACUCUAAAAGAACAUAUCAAUAACCACAUAAAGUCUGUUCAUUUGAAUCUGAAAAAACACCAGUGUAACCUUUGUGAUUAUGCUACAAAUGAGAAAGGAAGUCUCAAGACACAUAUAAAUUCUAUUCAUUUAAAUUUGAGAGAACAAAAGUGUCACCUGUGUGAUUAUGCUACAAAUUUGAAAAAAACUCUCAAACAACAUAUAGAUGCAGUUCAUUCAAAUUUGAGGGAACACAAGUGUCACCUGUGUGAUUUUGCUGCAAAUCGCCGACUGAAUCUCAAGACACAUAUAAAUUCUGUUCAUUUUAAUUUGAAGGAACACAAUUGUCACCUUUGUGAUUUUGCUACAAAUGAGAAAGGAACUCUCAAAAAUCAUAUAAAUGGUGUUCAUUUGAAUUUGAAGGAACAUAAGUGUCACAUGUGUGAUUAUGCUACAAAUCGAAAAGAGCGUCUCAAAGGACACAUAGACUCUGUUCAUUUGAAAUUGAAAGAACAUAAAUGUCACCUGUGUGAUUAUGCUGCAAAUCAUAAAAACGUACUCAAAAAACAUAUGAAUUCUGUUCAUUAAAAUUUGAAGCAACACAAGUGUCACCUGUGAGAUAAUUUUGCAAAUCAGAAAGUGAAACUCAAACAACAUAUGAAUUUUGUUCAUUCAAAUUUGAAGAAACAUAAGUGUCAUCUGUGUGAUUUUGCUUCGAAUCACAAAUUCUUUCUCAAUCGACAUAUAAACGUUAAUUUGAAUUUAAAGAAACACAAGCAGCCCAUAUGUAAUAACACUACAAAUUAUAAAACGGUAUUAACCAACAAAGAUUCAACUCUUUUCAAUAGAUAUGAUUAUGUUAAAAAUAAUGAAAUGUUAUAUUUUUUUAGAUUUUUGUUUUUAUAAAUAAGUAUUUUGAUUAUUUUCAAAUGAAAUUACAUGAUGCUAUCAUUUUGGACCUUAUUUCCCAUUAUAUAAUACUAAAUAUGAUUUUACCUUCAUUUAAAUCACAUGAUGAACUUAUGGAGUUCCAUAACUUCUAUUUGUUCUGUAUAAAUGGUAACAUUUUUUGAUAUUUGCUAGGAGUUAUUUGUUAUUUGAUACUGCAUGAAUUCUAACACACAUCCAGCAGUUAGUUUGAAUUUGAAGGAGCAUAAGUGAGUAUGCUACAAAUCAGAAUAUGGUACAAAAACAUAAGAUUCUAUUAAUCUACAUUUGAAGCAACAUAAGUUAUUAUUUAAGUCCUUGUAGAGCAUUUUCAUUGAUUCUGAAGCAAUACUGUUUUUACCAAUCAAUACAGUGUCGUAACCAGACAUAAGCCUUGGGGGGGGAUACAAUUUUUUUUUUCAAAUUUUCCUUCUUUUGAAGAAGUUUUCCAAAGAAGUUUGCUUACUCAUAAUAAGAUUGUGAUAUAUAAGGUUGUUACAUAUAAUGGAUAUUCCUCCUGGGGGGGAUAUAUCCCCUUAUCCUCCCUUGGGUACGCCACUGAAUCAAUAUAUAUUAUGUAGGUAAUGUGAUAAUUUAAAAUGCUUGAAAUAUGAUUCAUACCACUAUCAAGCAUUGACGCAUCAAAGCGGGCUGCGCUUGAUCAAUAAAGAAAUAUUUGUAUUUUUA